AUGGCUGCUCAGGGUGCAAAAGUGCCAAGAAACUUUAGAUUGCUAGAAGAGCUAGAGAAGGGCGAAAAGGGCCUUGGAGCUGACGCCUGCUCUUAUGGUCUUACCGACGGCGACGACUUAUACAUGUCUAACUGGAAUGGCACAAUCCUCGGUCCCCCACACAGCGUCCACGAGAAUCGCAUCUAUUCUCUCACCAUGCACUGCGGAGAGGACUACCCUGAUGUCCCACCCACUAUAAGAUUUACCAAUAAAAUUAACCUUCCGGGUGUGCAGGACGAUGGCAAGGUUGACCCUUCAAAGAUUGCAUGCCUUGCGAAUUGGCAACGCCACAAUACAAUGGAAACUGUCUUGAUUGAGUUGAGAAGAUAUAUGGCAUCUCCAGCCAACAAAAAGCUUCCUCAGCCUCAAGAGGGUUCCACGUACGAUUAG